AUGGCCACUGUUAGUCCAUCCUUCACCGCCGAUGCCUGGGCUGGACGACCAUUAAAUAUCAUAUACGCUGGGAUAACAGAGCUUGUGAGCGAUACCACGGGCGGAAGAGUCGCAAUCGCCAUUCGGAAUUCAACAGACCUGGUCGACUUGAUCGUGUGUAGUUUGCACGCGCCGCGUCCCGAUGCGUCAGACUACGCCGCCUGUGAGAUCGUCUCGGAGCUGAAGAAAUAUAGGGAAAAGCAUGGAGAGAAAAUAAUCAGCGCUGCGUUGCACGAGUCUCUCGUGGACAUUUGUCCAUCCCUCUGCUCCCGACUCUGGGGUGAGCUCGAUAUUGUGCCCUUGGUAUUGGACCAUAAAGAUCGUGAACGACAACAUUAUGACCAGGGUGAGCUGGCUACCUUUUCCGGAUGGCAUAGAAAGGAACUGGAUGAGCGGGCAGAUUCCAUGGUGCGAAAGUGCAUACGGUCUUUCGGUAUCGGGCAUGUGCUGCACAAUCAUAUAAAUUUUGAUGGGUCGGUAGACGUUGACAGGAGUUAUCAUGUUCACCUCGCUAGUGGGAUUGAUUACGGAAAGACCGUCGAGCCUACUACGUGGUCUUUGGCUCAGUAUUAUGCUCAUGACCUGAAGCAGAGGAAGGUCAACAUCGCGUUCUUCAGUAUGACAUGCCAAGGCAAGCCUGAUGUUCCUACACGACAUGCACUUGCAAGGUUUACCCAGAGCCUUGGGGCUCGCAUCAAAUGGUUUGUACCCAAGCCACGUCCGGGGAUGAUUCCUCUUAUUCGAAAAAUGCAGGAUACCCUGGAAGGAUUGGGCGACUCCCUUCCUGAUAUCACAAUCGAGGAUGAGUUGUUGAUCCUCGACUUUGCCUAUGCAAAUGCCCGGAGAUAUUGGCUAUGCGAGAAUGGACCUCUUCGACCCCGUGCAGAGGGAGGCGUCGAUGUGGUAAUCAUCGACAGCGCACCCCUUUUGACGUUGGCUCUGCUUUCGAAGCAGCAAGACCCUGAGCGGCCUGUCAUCUUUGAAAGUAGUCUCCAGCCUCAGGGCGACUCGCUUGGAGAUCCGAAUAGUCCGCAAUCUCGAGCGUGGGAGUUUAUCCGGACCAGGUUGGCGCACGUGGACAUGGUGGUGUCUCUACUCCCCAAGGAACUUGCCCCGCGUAUAAUGCCGGAGGAUAAUGUUGGCUACAUUCCAUUUUCUGUUGAUCAACUCGAUGGUCAGAACAAGCCAUUGACAGACUGGGAUAUGGUAUUUUAUGGCCGUGAGUUCAGCUCAUUGUGCAGGACCCUGCAGAUGUCUAUCAUACGAUUUCCAGAAGAGCAAUAUAUGCUUCAUCUGUCACAGUUCCGGCCUGGCGAUGGCACUCUUUGUCUCCUCGAGUCAUAUGGGAAAUCUCGCGACCUAUUCACCAAGAAAUACCCAGGGCAGGCUUUCCCUAAGCUACUUAUUUGCCAUCACGGGCCAUUCCGCAGUCCAGAAGGCUCCGUGCUUUACGACACGGUCAUGACCCAACUCGACAACAUCGAUAGCUUAGCCUCAUCCGUCUGCAUCAUCCCAAUCGGCGCGUUAGAUCAAAUGUGGAACGCCCUCGUCACCAAUGCAGUAGCCCUUGUGCAACUUUCCACCCUCCACGGAGUCCCAGAAUUGUUCCUAGGAGCAAUCCAAAAGGAAACCUUGGUGAUUUCAAUCCGAGAGGCCGAACUCUUUCCUUUUAUUCACGAAAACGACAAUACCAUUCUAGUCAACCAAGGUGAUACAGAUGCUAUCGCACAGCGUAUGGUUCAAAUUUUCGGAGCUCAAAGAUCAUCAUCAGAGAAAGUUUUCACUAAGAAUGCUAAGCUUCCGGAUGAGAACACCACUGUCGGAAAUGCAGUAAGCUGGAUGUAUCUGGCAUCGAAGUUAUCCCGGGGUGAUGUAUUCGAACCCCGGGGUGGGGAUAUUUAUGAGCUAGCUCGGGAGGAGGCUGAGUCCUAUGGUUUUGACUGA